UUGAGUAUUCUUGGAUUAAUUUGCGUUCGAUUGCGCGAGCGGAACAUUUGUCGAAGGCAGAGGAACAGAGAAAUCUCUCUUACAGUCACAGAGCCCGCUCUCUGUGAUCGGAAUUGAAGCCGUCGACGCCGGAGGCCGAAGAAGAAACAACCUCUCAAGUUGAGAGCCACAGAGAUAUAGGGAGGCUGAAGAUGAGUAAACUAAACACAUCAAGCUCUGAAUUGGACUUGGAUCGACCAAACAUCGAAGAUUAUCUCCCCUCUGGUUCCAUUCAAGAACCUCAUGGCAAGCUUCGCCUGCGUGAUCUACUUGACAUCUCACCAACUCUGACGGAGGCAGCUGGUGCCAUUGUUGAUGACUCUUUCACACGUUGUUUCAAGUCAAUUCCUCCAGAACCUUGGAACUGGAAUGUGUAUUUGUUUCCGCUCUGGUGUUUGGGGGUGGUAGUUAGAUAUCUGAUCCUUUUCCCAAUGAGGGUUCUAGUAUUGACAAUAGGAUGGAUAGUAUUUCUUGCAGCAUACUUUCCAGUGCAUGUCCUAUUGAAGGGGCAUGAUAAGUUGAGGAAAAAGCUGGAGAGGUGUCUGGUGGAGUUAAUUUGCAGCUUUUUUGUUGCAUCUUGGACUGGGGUUGUCAAGUACCAUGGACCACGACCUAGCAUGAGGCCUAAGCAGGUUUUUGUGUGCAAUCAUACUUCAAUGAUUGAUUUCAUUAUCUUAGAGCAGAUGACUGCAUUUGCUGUUAUUAUGCAGAAGCAUCCUGGAUGGGUUGGACUGUUGCAAAGCACCAUUUUGGAGAGUGUAGGAUGCAUCUGGUUCAAUCGUUCAGAGGCAAAGGAUCGUGAAACCGUGGCAAGAAAGUUAAGGGACCAUGUUCAGGGGGCUGAUAAUAAUCCCCUUCUUAUAUUCCCUGAAGGAACCUGUGUAAAUAACCACUACACUGUUAUGUUCAAAAAGGGCGCCUUUGAACUUGGCUGCACUGUUUGCCCAAUCGCAAUCAAGUAUAACAAAAUUUUUGUGGAUGCCUUUUGGAACAGUAGAAAGCAAUCCUUCACAAUGCAUUUACUGCAGCUUAUGACUUCGUGGGCUGUUGUUUGUGAUGUGUGGUACUUGGAACCUCAAAGUCUAAAGCCUGGAGAGACGGCCAUUGAAUUUGCAGAGAGGGUCAGGGACAUUAUUUCAGUUCGAGCAGGUCUCAAAAAGGUUCCUUGGGAUGGAUAUUUGAAGUACUCUCGCCCUAGCCCCAAGCAUAGGGAGAGCAAGCAACAAAACUUUGCAGAGUCAGUGCUGCGGCGCCUUGAGGAAAAAUAAAAUAUAGAUUUCUUCUCUUUUCCUUUUUUCUUUGAACUUACAAGUAGCCCCUCUAGCUAUUAAAGUAGAAGCUUUCUGCUGUGUUUUUUCAAAUUUUUUUUAUUAUUAUAUUUUUUUAACGGAGGUGCAAGCUUACUGCAAUACUUCAAGUUCCUUUCUAGUUGAAUAAAUAUUUGUUUGAGGUGUUGCUUAGUGAUUUACAACUUUGAAACACUUCUUUCAAUACAAUAAGUUGCUUUCCUCAAGUUCAU